GAGGAUUUUAUUUUUCUUUUGAUAUUAUUCACUGUUCACCUGCAUAACAUAAAUGAUCACGACUUUCUAAAUUUACCCCUGCCCAAUAUACUUGAAAUCUCCGGAAGCAUACUUCAUCAUGGCUAUUGAAAACAAUCACAAUGUAGCACCUGUCGAUGAGACCAUUGCCGUCAAGGCUAAUGACAUUGAUCAAGUCCCUCAUUUGCUGGAGGAGAUAGCCAAACAAGGAAAGGCCCUUACCCAGGAUGGAGCCCAGAACCGUCGCCGACUCCUAGAGACGGUUCGCUCUUUGUCGUAUGUGCUUGAGACUCCGCGCGAAGCUAUCAUUCGGUACUGCUGGUCUCAGCCCACCAUCUUUGCCGCCAUUGAGCUAGGCAUCAACCUAGGCCUUUUCAAGGUGCUAUCUAAAGAUGACAAACCAAAGACGGCUGCUGAGCUAGCUGAAGCUACUGGUGCCGAACCAGUCUUCCUAAGCCGAGUUUUGAAGCACCUCGGCGCCAUGGGCGCCAUUUACGAAAUCGGACCUGAUACCUACAAACCGUCCAAUUUCGCUAAAACGCUGACGAUCCAGAAAUAUGCAGACGGCUUCCCGUGCAUGACUGAUUGUAUCAACGCCGCCGUCCUAGCCUUCCCUCAGUGGCUAAAGAAGAACGGCUACCAAGCACCAAGCGAUGGCAAAAACACUGCCUUGAAGCUGGGUUUCAAUACCGAUCUACACUUCUUUGAAUUCCUAGCCACUAACCCGGUAUACCCUGUUCGCUUUAUGAAUCAUAUGUCAGCCUACCAUCAGGGUCGACCCAGUUGGAUGGACCCCGGCUUCUACCCUGUUCAAGAGCGCUUGUCUGCCGGUUUGGAUACCAGUGCGCCCUUGUUGGUGGAUGUUGGCGGAAGCACUGGCCAUGACCUAAAGGAGUUCCAUCGCAAACAUCCCGAAGCUCAGGGUAAGCUGAUUCUUCAGGAUUUGCCUGAGGUCAUUGAAAAUGCCAAGCUUGUUGAUAGCGAUGGAAUUGAGGCAAUGGCACACGAUUUCUUCAAGGAGCAGCCAAUUAAGGGUGCUCGUGCAUACUACAUGCACUCCGUUCUUCACGAUUGGCCUGACAACAAGUGCAAGGAAAUCCUAACAAACCUUGCACAGGCCAUGAAGCCAGGAUAUAGCAAAGUUCUGAUCAAUGAGAAUGUUAUUCCAGACAUGGAUGCCGACUGGCAGACAACUUCUCUGGACUUCAUUAUGAUGUCCGUGUUUGCCUCCAAGGAACGUACGGAGCGUCAGUGGCACGCUCUGGUGGAGUCGGCAGGAUUGAAGAUUGUCAAAAUCUUCACUGCCGAAAAAGGUGUCGAGAGCUUGAUUGAAUGUGAGCUCGCUUAGGCUUGGAGACUAAUAUAUCCCGCUAUUUAGAGGUAUCGCUAGAUGUAGACUCAAUAGAAAAACAGUCGAACAAGUGAC